UACAGUAUAUCUAUUGUUCAAGGCCAUAUUUUUAUAUCGUCAGGUACAGAGCCUGUCAUUGAUCUGGUCGCUGCAUAGCGCAUGCGCAGUGUCCGUCCGUCAGUUUGUAUUCGGAUGACUCGAGACAGCGCAGGGUUGGGUGAACGCGUCCCAUCAUGCAGCGCGCCACAGUCCUCCCUCGCUCACCCCCGCAGUAGGAGACUCACAUCCAGGGAUCGGACUAAUGGCGGCCGGCAAAUCUGUGCGCUGACACGAAAUCCACAACAGCCGCUCAGGUGCCAGCCGAUUUCGUGGGGGGCAGGGCGACGUCGCAUCUCUGCACGAACGGUAAAGUAGGGAGGGCUGAGGGGAAACAAUCGGCGACUUCUAGCAGGACUUUCCUAUUUUAAAACAUGGAUGAACAGCCCGGCGGAGGAGGAGGAGGAGGAGGAGGAGGAAUGGCCGCCCAGAGACAGCAGCAGCAGCAGCAGCAGCCCGCACCGCAGCAGGGCAACAGCAGCAUUAAUCCCCAGAUCGCCAGCGCUGGAGGAGCGCAUAUGGUUCAGCAACAGCAAGACGAGAUGCCCAGGCCCCAGCAGUACACUAUCCCGGGGAUUUUACACUACAUCCAGCACGAAUGGGCCCGUUUCGAGAUGGAAAGGGCGCAUUGGGAAGUGGAGAGGGCCGAACUCCAGGCCCGAAUAGCGUUCCUCCAAGGAGAAAGGAAGGGUCAAGAAAAUUUAAAGAAUGAUCUUGUUAGAAGAAUAAAAAUGUUAGAAUAUGCAUUAAAACAAGAAAGAGCAAAAUACCAUAAAUUAAAAUAUGGGACAGAACUAAAUCAAGGUGAAGUGAAAAUGCCUAGCUUUGAAUCGGGUAAGUGGACAUAACUUCCUUUUGAAAAUCUGUAUAUACACUUGUAGCGUAUUUCAUGUGAUGAACUCUGCUAAUAAAAGAGGUCUUCCCCUUUAAAUAUUCCUUUUCCGAUGUGAUGUCAUUGUUAGAGUGGAAAGAAAAAUGUCCGGUGUCAUGAGGACACAGUAGCGUUUCACAUGGCAUUUCGACGUCCUCUAAGUCCUGAUCUGUUCUCCUGCUGAAGCCGAACUAUGAGUGUUUGAAUCUCCCGCUGAAUCUACUGUUGAAGUUUUUCAGAGUGCUUGGUUCUCCCACUGAUGCUGUGUUUGGAGUGAUUGAGUCUGCCGCUGAAGUCGUGUUGGGAGUGUUUGAUUCUCCCGCUGAUGAUGUGUUUGGAGAGAAAUUAUGCCGUUAACAUGAUUUAAAACGGAGAUUG